AGCAACAUCUCAACUUUUCGCUUUGAACUUAGGACUUUAAAGACAUGGCCGGUUCUAGUUCUAGUACCCAAGGAAGUGGAAAGGCAAAUGACAAUGGAAAUGGUUUACUAUUGUACCAGUUUUAUCCAUCAUUCUUUUGUCAGAAGGUUGUUUUUGCUUUGCAUGAAAAGAAGCUUAAAUUUAAGUCUCAGAUUGUAGAUUUGUAUCAUGGAGAGCAUUUUGAACCUUGGUUCCUGAAACUCAAUCCCAAGUGUGAAGUUCCUGUUUUGAAAGAUGGUGUUAAAAUCAUUCCAGAUUCUAGGCGUAUCAUUGAUUACAUAGAAGAUAAUUUUAGCAAUGGGGAUACACCUCGUCUCAUACCAGAAAAGGGUACUUCUCAGUACCAGACUAUGGAGCGAAUGAGAGAUUUACUUGAUAAUAUUCCCAAUGAGCUCAUAACCUUUGGUUGCCUUUUAAAUCCAGAACUUACCGGUAAAAUUCAAAUGUCCCCUCAAGAAAUUAAAGGGCGACAAGGGUGCUAUACUACACUAAUGAAUUUACUCAGUGAUUAUGCUGAAAAACACAAAGAUCUUAGUGACCAUUAUCUUGUGAAGAAAAAUAGCAUUGAGAAGCGUCGAGCUGCAGCUAUGGACACAAAUGAAGUGGAGAAAGGGUUACUUGACCUUGAAUAUGCUUUAAAUGAGGUGGAAAAACUUUUAGCAUCCCGUGAAGGAGAGAGCAAAAAAUGGUGGCUAUGUUGUGAGAAGUUCACAAUUGCAGACAUUAGUUUAUGUGUGCUAUUAAACAGAAUGAAAAUGUUGGGACUUUCAGAUCGUUUAUUUAAGGAUAACAAGUGGCCAAAUGUACAAGAAUAUUUCAAACGAGCCCAGCAACGUGACUCUUUCAGAAGAACGAUGAAUCAAAACGCAGGUAUUCUAAAAUCCUUUUCAUGUAUGGAUACAAAAGACCAAGUUUUAGUGACAAUUGGAAGUGCCGCAGUGGUCCUUUGUGCUGCUGGCAUUGCUGCAUUCCUUAUACAUCGUAACAAAUGAUGUCCUAUAUACAUUUUCAUUGCUUUUGUCUGGGGAAUCAUGAGAAUAUAGACUUUAGAUGAUAACUAAUUCUUUGUACUGGAUUUCCAGCUGGCGCAAGGUUACUUAUUCUGUGGAGCAUUCAUGAAAAGUGAUCCAGGAAGCUUUUUAUAGUUAAUGUCAAUUGCCACCAUGUGUAGUUAGGCAGUUGUACAGAAAGAAUAAUUCUUGAUAUAUUCUGAAUAUUGUGAAUUAAAAAUAUAAAAUAAAGACAUCCGUGGUUGUUUUGAUGUA